AUGGGUAGUCCUCGUACUCGUAGAGUUUUACAAGAAUUAAAAUCAAUCAAUGAUAAUUCAAAAUGUUUCGAAUGUGGAGCUCACAAUCCUCAAUGGGCUUCUGUUACCUAUGGCAUAUGGAUUUGUUUAGAAUGUUCUGGAAAGCACAGAGGCCUUGGAGUUCACUUAUCCUUUGUCAGGUCCAUAACAAUGGACAAAUGGAAAGAUGUCGAAUUGGAAAAAAUGAAAGUCGGUGGUAAUAAAAAUGCUAGAGAAUUUUUAAACGCGCAAAAAGAUUACAAUGAUUCAAUGCCGAUUCAACAAAAAUACAACACAAAAGCAGCCGCUUUGUAUAGGGAUAAGAUUUCAGCCCUUGCACAGGGUAAAAGUUGGGACAUAUCCUCAUCGUCAGCCCAAAAUUACAUAGGAAAUACCUUAAGUAGCAGUACUCAGUCUUUGACAACAUCAUCAGCAUCACAUAAUCAAAACAACAGUUAUGGCGGUUACCAAAAUACCGAAUGGAAUUCCGAUUAUCAUCAUUCCGGUUCAUCCUAUAAUUCCUUGAGCAACGAUCCGGGUUUCAAAGAUCAAAAAGAAGCAUUUUUCGCAAGGAAACAAAACGAAAAUGCUCAGAGACCCGACGAUUUACCACCGAAUCAGGGUGGAAAAUAUUCCGGUUUCGGUUAUACCAUGGAUCCUCCGCCACGUUCGACAUCUCAAGAAUUCGUCGACAAUGCUCUAUCUUCCUUAGCUAGCGGUUGGUCCUUGUUUUCCGUGUCGGCAACGAAACUUGCUAGCAAAGCAACGGAAAGCGCUUGUAAAAUCGGUGAAAUGGCAUCGAAUAAAGUAAAAGAAGGAAAAUUAUUAGAAGAAGUUAGUUCUCAGGUUACUAAUUUAGCGACAAAGGUGGGCGAUAUGGGUAAGAAAAAAUGGAAGGAAGUUUCCGGGAUAAGUUCUUAUCAAUCGGGUGGUGAUUACGACAGCACAGGAUUACCGGAAAAAACGUCGAGUGAAAAAUCAUCCCUUUUAUUCGAAGGACAAGGAAGUUAUCAAAGGUCAGCGACGUCACCGAAUUCGACAAACGAUUGGGAAAGUGUCGACAGUUGGAAAAGCGGAAGCGGAGACGGCGGUUACAAGCCGGAAAAACAAUCGAGUCAUCACAGUAAAAAAAUGACCAAUGCGGGAAAUAACGGCGUGAGCAGUAGUGGGGGUAGUGGUGGUGGUGGUGGUAGUAGUAGUACGACCGGAAGCAGAGAAAGUUCUAGAAAAAAAUCACAACCCAAAGAAGGUUUGCUCGUGGAUUUAGGAGAGAAAACGAAUUGGAAUAAAAAAUGGGAAGAUGACGAAGCGUGGGAAGCCCUAAAUAAAUAA